AUGGACGAUGAAGCUGGAAUCGGGGCCGGCUCUGCUGGUUCCUUUCGGUCGAACUCCAGAAGGCGCGGAGUCAGAGGCAAGCAAAAUCCGGGGGCACACCACCAAGCUAGUUGGAUUAGCUGUGUGAUUAAUUUGGUGAAUACAAUUGUUGGUGCCGGUGUCCUUGCCAUGCCCCUCGCCAUCUCGCACAUGGGAAUCGUCCUCGGUGUAUUCGUGAUCUUAUGGUCCGGUGUAACGGCAGGCUUUGGACUAUAUCUUCAGUCUCGAUGUGCGCAGUAUCUCGACAGAGGAAGUGCUUCGUUCUUCGCCCUCUCCCAGAUCACCUAUCCCAACGCCGCCGUCAUUUUCGACGCCGCGAUUGCGAUCAAAUGCUUUGGCGUCGGGGUCAGCUACCUUAUCAUUAUCGGGGAUUUGAUGCCAGGAGUAGUUCAGGGCUUUGCUGGAGGAGAUCCGGCGUACGAUUUCUUAGUGGACCGUCAUUUCUGGGUGACGGUGUUCAUGUUGAUUAUUAUUCCCCUUUCAUAUCUACGGCGACUGGACUCGCUCAAAUACACCAGUAUUGCGGCUUUGGUCUCAAUGGCCUAUUUGGUGGUUUUGGUUGUUUAUCACUUUAUCAUCGGAGACACGAAGGACGGCCGAGGUCCGAUCCGUGUCAUUCACUGGGCGGGAGCUGUUCCGACUCUUAGCAGCUUUCCAGUGAUUGUGUUUGCUUUUACAUGUCAUCAAAAUAUGUUUUCUAUUCUCAACGAAAUCAGUAAUAAUAGCCACUUUAGAACGACCGCCGUCGUGUUCGCCAGUAUUGGCAGCUCUGCUACAACCUACAUACUUGUUGCUAUUACCGGAUACCUAUCAUUCGGCAAUAGCGUGGGCGGAAACAUCGUGGGCAUGUACCCGCCGGGCUUAUGGGCUAAUAUCGGACGUGCCGCGAUUGUCAUACUCGUCAUGUUCUCCUACCCCCUCCAAUGCCACCCGUGCAGAGCAUCGGUUGAUGCAGUCCUACGUUGGAGGCCUAAGCGUAGUGCGGGUGGAAACGAAGGAUCUCCUCAUCGUCACCCUCUUCUACCCGGAGGCCCGAGAGGAUCUCGAACAGCAGAACCAAUGAGCGACCUGCGAUUCUCUAUAAUUACGACAUCGAUCCUCAUUCUGAGCUAUAUUGUCGCCAUGACUGUCUCGUCCCUUGAGGCUGUCCUCGCAUACGUUGGCAGCACUGGAAGCACCAGCAUCAGCUUCAUCCUCCCUGGCAUAUUUUACUACAAAAUUUCUGCUCCGGAUUCAGCAGCACACCAACGUCUCAUGAAAGAGGACGAUGAGGCUGAAGAUGGUUAUAUCUCAGGGGCCAGCGAACCGGACGACGGUAACGCCCAAUCUCGCCCACUUACUGAGAGCGGGGUUCUGCGUCGGCACACCAGCACAUGGCGCAGAGAAGUGCUCCGGAAACUGAGCCUAGCGCUUGCCAUCUAUGGAGUUAUUGUCAUGGUUACCUCUCUAGUCACGAACGUUGUGUUCAUCGCGUCUCACUAA